AUGAAGUUCAUGAAGCUCGGAUGCCGGCCGGAUGCAUUUCACACAGAUGGGAAUGAUGUCAGGUGAGACCUCGGUUCCUGGAACUCGGGAAGAUCCUGAUCUCAUCUUCUUCAACUCCUUCGCUAAUACGUCGUCGUUCAGAAAUGCAUGAAUCUCUGCUCUUCCUCUCUGAUUUUCUGCGGGAAACGAUCUUCGGACCUGCAUUGCAGCACCGUGUUGCUCGCCUGCCAUUUGCAUAAGGAGUUCAGAUUAAUCUCUGAAGAAUGUCGACAUUGCUUUGAAAUGCACGAUCAUAAUCGUUCAUCUGCUGCUGUUUUUAGGUGUAGCAUAAGUUGUUUAUUAGUGUUUACCGAUCGAUCGAUCGGUCUAUCUCGUGAUUGCAGGUUUCUGACGACUGAAUUGGCGAGCGACAUCAUCAUCAGCGUGGGAGAUGUAAAAUUUUAUCUGCACAAGGUAAACAUUCCUGAACCUCAAUUCAAUCCCAUCGGAUGUUAGAUCAUCCUCCUCCAAUAUUCCAAGCAUUUAGUCAAUGAUGAUGUUGGAAUAUGAAAAUGGGGGAAAAUCUGGAAUAGAUUACUGAUGGUAAUAAUCUGUGUACGAUUAUCGUUUUGAAUCGUAAUCUGCUAUGCAGUAAUCAUCCGUUGGUUCACAGAUUUCCUGCUGAAUCUACAGUUUCCGCUGCUGUCGAAAUGCGGCCGGCUGCAAGACUUGAUCGUCCUCGCUGAGGAGGAGAAUGACGGAGAGAUCCGACUCCCCGGCAUGCCCGGCGGCGCCGCCGCCUUCGAGAUCUGCGCCAAGUUCUGCUACGGGAUGACGGUCACGCUCAACGCUUGCAACGUCGUCGCCGCCCGAUGCGCGGCGGCGUAUCUCGACAUGAGCGAGUCCGUCGAGAAGGGGAAUCUCAUCUUCAAGCUCGAUGUCUUCCUCAGUUCCAGUGUUCUCCGCUCCUGGAAGGACUCGAUCGUUCUCCUCCAGACGACCAAGGCCCUGCUUCCAUGGUCGGAAGACUUGAAUCUGGUCGGCCGCUGCGUGGACUCCAUAGCUUCCAAGGUCUGCAUCGACAUCUCCAUGGUGGAAUGGUCCUAUACCUACAACUGGAAGAAGCUUCCCCCGGAGAACGGCGCUUGGAGGACGCAGGCGGCGCCGCCGGACUGGUGGGUGGAGGACCUCUGCGAUCUGGACAUGGAGCUCUUCGAGAGGGUCAUCGCCGCCGUCAAGGCCAAGGGGACCACAGCGGCGCCGGUGAUCGGCGAGGCUCUGCGAUCGUACACCUACCGGAGGGUCUCCGGCUUUGCGAAGGGCGUCAUCCAGUUGGCCGACGUCGAGAAGAACCGGUCACUGGUGGAGGCCAUCAUCUGGUUGCUGCCGGCGGAGACUGGUUCAGUCUCGUCCAGUUUCCUGCUCAGGCUUCUGAGAGCAGCUUGCGUUCUUGGUUGCGAGGAGGAGGGGAGGAAGGAGAUGAUCAAGAAGGUCGCUCGUCAGCUUGACGGGGCCUCUGUCUCUGACCUGCUGAUUCCCUCUCCGGAAGGGGAGAAGACCCUGUACGAUGUCGAUCUGGUCCGGAGCAUACUGGAAGAAUUUGUGAUGAUCAAUGGAGGAACUCUGUCGCUCCCUGGCCGGAUCUCCACGGUCGGGAAGCUCGUGGACGGCUACCUUACAGAGAUUUCCAGGGACCCAAAUCUCCCUCUCUGCAAGUUCCUCGAUCUGGCGGAGAUGGUUCCUGCGGAUGCAAGAACAGUCGGCGAUGGGUUGUACCGCGCGAUCGACAUGUUCCUGAAGGUAAAUUCGAUCUGUUGAGAUGAAUCAUAGAUUUCGAAGCCUGGUUUUGAUGAUUCUAGUCUGAGCAGGAGCACCCGGGGCUGAGCAAGAGCGAGAAGAAGAAGCUCUGCGGGGUGAUGGACAGCCGGAAGCUGUCGCCGGAGGCCCGCGAGCACGCCGUUCAGAACGAGCGUCUCCCUCUGCGGGUCGUCGUCCGGGUCCUCUUCUUCGCCGCCGGCGGCCUCUCGCCGGAGAAGACCCGCGGCUACUAUGGCAGCUCCGUCUCUGCUGCGACGACCAACACCUCCGAGGACUGGGACUGCGUCCCCACCGUCGCGGAGAGGUCAACGAGAUCGGUUGCUGGAGGGAGCGAAAGCAGCGGCGGCGGCGUUGACCGGGCGGUAGGAGCGGCGGUCCUCACCCCGAAGAUGAUCCUCAGCAAGAUCUGGUCCAGCAGGGGCGGCCACCUGGGGAGGGCGACCAGCGGUUCCGACACGUCCGAGAGCGCCGGCUCUGCAACCAUGGAGGAGCCCAAGUUAACGCCUUCGAGAAACACGAGGCACUCCGUCUCCUAG